CUUGUAUGUGAGGCAAGUCAUUAUAACUCAGUUGGAGAAAAAUAUUUUCUACAGUUAAAGCCAAAAAAUAUUUUAUAGGAUACCAAUUUUCAAUAGACGCCAACACUCAUCAAAUUGAAAAGAGAUAGUAAAAAAAAAAACCUUAGAGCUAUGGAGGAUGACAGAUAUCACUAUCUUAAGCUUGUACAUGGAGGAGAGACCACUUUCCUGAAUGAUAUUUCCUUUUGUAAUAUCCCCCUUAAAAUAUCUUCCAGAAUUAGCAGAUACGGUUGGUGCUUCAUUGAGUCAAUAAGGAAACCCAUAGAAAAGGAGAUGAACCAUCAAAUUCAACGUGACACAAGAUCGUGCCGCUUUUCAAUUCUCAGAGUUUAAGCAACAUCAGCCCAAGAAAUUUUGCAGAAUCAAAGGUACUAAAUGCACACAACUACUCUGAAAAACACGGGUCUAGCGAUUAAUUGAUACCUGGUUGACAAGUAAACUGAAGAGAAAUAUUAGUAUAUCCAAGAAUCUUAUUUUUGUGGCUAAAAAAGGUCAUUUUUGAAUUUCUCAUAUUAAAUUUCAAAUGAUAGACUGACCCUUUUGGCAGAAAAGAAAUCAGUAUGAGCUUCUAUCGAUCAUUUCUUCUUUUGCUCAGUUGCUUUUACGUAGUCUUUUCUGGUGCCAAUGCUUCAGACAUCAUUACCAGUAGUGAGCCCCUGAGGGACUCGGGAACUGUCUUUUCCAGUGGCAAAAGAUUUAAACUGGGAUUUUUCAGUCCUAGGAAUUCUGCAAAUCGUUAUGUAGGGAUUAUGUUUAACCUACCAUCACCAACACCAACUGUUGUAUGGGUAGCUAACAGAGACAAGCCUAUAAAUGAUUCUAGCGGAUUACUCACACUAUCAGAAGAUGGCAAUCUAGUAAUCUUGAAUGGACUGAAGGAGAUAAUAUGGUCAUCCAGUAUUUCAAACUCUAUGAAGAAUUCUACUGCUCAACUCUUGGACACUGGCAACUUAAUCUUGAAAGAUAGCUCAAAUGGGAAAGUUCUAUGGGAAAGCUUUCAAUAUCCUACAGAUUCUCUCUUACAGCUCAUGAAAAUGGGCAUCGAUAAGAGUACUAACUCAACGGGUCUCCUGAAAUCAUGGAGAAGUCCUGAUGAUCCAUCUGUUGGGAGCUUCUCAGCUGGAAUUCAACUUCAAUACAUCCCCCAGGCUUUUAUUUGGAAUAACACCGCUCCUUACUGGCGUAGUAGUCCAUGGGAUAAACAGAUCUAUAUUGGAAUGCCCGAAAUGAAAUCUUCCUAUCGCUCUGGUGUUGAACUUGUAGCUGAUAAUGCUGGCAGCGUAUACCAAACUUAUUCCAACGGAAAUCAGUCUUGGAUACUCUAUUAUUCCUUGAACUCAACAGGGUCUUAUCAGGAGAAGGUUUGGGAUCAAAGUAAGAAGGAUUGGGUGGUAACAUGGGCAAAUCCCCGAAGUGAGUGUGAUAUUUAUGCUAAGUGUGGGGCAUUUGGAAGCUGUAAUCCAAAGAGUUCUCCAAUAUGCAGUUGCAUACAAGGUUUUAAGCCUAAAAAUGAAGGAGAAUGGGAGAAAGGAGAAUGGUCUGGUGGAUGCAUCAGAAGAACUGCAUUAGACUGUGAAAGGAACAAAACUGAUGUUGAGAAGGGAAAAAAGGAUGGGUUUUUGAAGAUGCAGACAAUGGGAGUACCAGAUUUUGUAAUUUGGGUAUCCUCUGCGAAAGAAGACUGUGAAAGUGACUGUUUAAGUAACUGUUCCUGCAUGGCAUAUUCGUACUACACAGGCAUUGGUUGUAUGCAUUGGAAUAGAAGCUUAAUUGAUAUUCAAGAAUACUACAUGGAUGGGGCGGCUGAUUUGUUCAUUCGUCUUGCCUACUCUGAAUUUGCUGCAAAUGACAAGAAAGAUUUCCCUGUAGCAGCUAUUGCAAUCACUGUUUCGAUAGGCUCAAUAAUAGUUAUCUUAUGUGGAUAUCUUUUCUGGAAAUUGUUGGCUAAACACAGAGAAAGAAAGACGAAAAGUGAAGCAUUCUUCAGAGAAGCAUCUCCAAAAUGUUAUCAAAACGGCAUGAUUAAAGAUGAUAUCAAUCAAGUAAAAAUUGAAGAUAUCACCUUGUAUAGCUUUAACAUGUUAGCAACUGCAACUGACAGAUUUCACUCAGCUAGCAAGCUGGGGCAAGGAGGCUUUGGUCCAGUCUACAAAGGAAAAUUGCCAGAUGGACAAGAAAUUGCAGUAAAAAGGCUUUCACAUUCUUCUGGGCAGGGGCUACAGGAGUUUAUGAAUGAGGUAGUCGUGAUUUCUAGACUACAACAUCGUAAUCUUGUUAGGCUCCUCGGCUGCUGCACAGAAAGAGGGGAAAAGAUCCUGGUGUAUGAUUUCAUGCCCAAUAGAAGCUUAGAUGCAUAUCUUUUUGGUUCACGCCAGGAAAAGUUCCUUGAUUGGAGUAAACGAGCCAUCAUUAUUGAAGGAACUGGUCGAGGCCUCCUUUACCUUCACAGAGACUCAAGACUACGAAUCAUUCAUAGAGAUCUGAAGGCAAGCAAUAUCCUGUUGGAUGAAUACCUAAACCCAAAGAUUUCGGAUUUUGGCAUGGCGAGGAUUUUUGGAGGCAAUCAAGACCAGGCACGCACUAUAAGAGUUGUUGGCACAUAUGGUUACAUGGCCCCUGAAUAUGCAAUGCAUGGAAGAUUCUCAGAAAAAUCAGAUGUCUACAGCUUUGGUGUGUUGAUAUUGGAAAUUGUCAGUGGAAGGAAGAACUCUAGCUUUUAUGAUGAUGAAGGUGAACUGACUCUACUUGCAUAUGCAUGGAAGUUGUGGAAUGAAAACAAUAUCAUAAAAUUGAUAGACCCCAAAAUAUUUGUUUCAAGCUUCGAGAAACAGAUGGUGAGAUGUGUACAUAUUGGAUUGUUAUGUGUUCAAGAAUAUGCAGAAGAUAGGCCAAAUGUCUCCACAGUUCUGUCAAUGCUGACUAGUGAUAUGGCUGAACUAUCUACUCCUAAACAACCUGCAUUUACCGGAGGACAUGCUUCACCACAGCAAAGCCAAGGGUCCGUGAAUACUGAUACCAUAACUGUAUUGGAACCACGAUAAGGAUGCAGAGUUUUCAAAGAUCAUUACUUCCCGUAAAUUGCAUACUAUUUCUUUCUUUUGAAUGUGCAUAGGGCUAAAACACGCAAGUUGAUCAAUUUUUAACUUUGCAUUAUGAAAUUCCUUAGAAAGAAAGUAGACAAAAGGAAAAAAAAAAAAAGAAUCGCAAAUCCCCAAUAAAUAACUUCAAGCAAAGACUUGAAAAAUCAUACCUACUGUACUGAUACACGAAACGGCGAAAAAUGGCCACUCGUUUUACCACUGUUCUUCUUAGAAAUUUACAGAGAAGUGAAUUGGUGAAUUAAUCAAUGUCGAGGAAUUGGUGAAUUAUU